CCUCUGUGGAGUCUGGCCGACUUUCACUGCCCUCAGCUUUGGGUUUAGUCCUGGCGCUCUGAACAAAAGUUUUCCCAUUUUACUCUGUUUCCCACCCAGGGCGUCGCACCCUGUCGGCCCUUUGGUGCAGGCGAAGCCCGCUUGAGGAGCACGGCUGGGAUGGAGAGUCCGAGCCUGGGGAACUGUGGAGCCUCCCCCUUGGUCACCUUCAGUGAACACCUAAUCCCAGACCAGCCAUGUGACCGCCGUGAGGAAGUUGCUACCCUGGGAUCAGAAAGAGCAGAAGAAGAUGAGAAACAAAUGGUGAUAAAAAGCAGCAGCGAGUGUAAUCCCCUGCUACAAGAAUCCAUUGCUUCUGCUCAGUUUGGUGAAAUGACAGAAUGCCAUAAGUCUAUCCCAUGUGGAUGGGAAAGAGUUGUGAAGCAAAGAUUAUCUGGAAAAACAGCAGGAAAAUAUGAAGUAUAUUUUAUCAGCCCACAAGGACUGAAGUUCAGAUCCAAAAGUUCACUUGCUAAUUAUCUUCACAAAAAUGAAGAGACUUCUCUUAAGCCAGAAGAUUUUGAUUUUACUGUACUUUCUAAAAGGGGCAUCAAGUCAAGAUAUAAAGACUGCAGCAUGGCAGCUGUGACAUCCCAACUGCAAAGCGAAAGUAGCAUUUCAAACCGGACAAGAAGCAAAUGUAAAAAAGAUGUGUUUCCUCUGCCAAGUGGAGGUUUGGAAUUGCAAGGUAGUAGAGGACUAUCUAACUUUACUUCCAUUCAUUUGCUUUUGAAAGAAGGUGAGAGUGUUAAUAAUGCUGACUCCAGAAAGACGAGAAAGUCCAAAGGAAAGAGGACUAUUUUGAAAGGAAUUCAAAUUAAGAAAACUAAAACUGAGUGCCAGGAAAGUCUUCCAGAUUCUGCUCGAAGUACUAGAAAAAGAGCAUCUGUGUAUAUUAAGGCAGAUGCUGAAAGUGAACCUGUUGCACAAGAAAGUCAGCUUGAUAGAACUUUCUGUGUUUCUGACGCCAAAGCAAGCAACAAGACCAGUGAAGAAAAGAGACUUACAAAAGAAAAGUCAUUGAGUUCAGGAUCAAAUUUUAAUUUUGAACAAAUAACUUCUGGCCUCGUAAACGAAUUGCAUUCAACCAAAGAAGCAGAACACAACAAGUCUGAGGAUAACUUUUUAGAAUCUGAGGAAAUAACAAAAGUAGAAGUUGGGGAAAGGAAGGAACAUUUGCAUACUGACAGUUUAAAAUGUGGUUCUGAAAUGGAAAACAACUGCUCACAAAUUGAAAAAGACUCUUCUUCUGUGAACAUAUGUCAAGAAGACACCAUUCCACGAACACAAAUAGGAAAAAGGAAAACAAGCCUAUAUUUUUCCAGCAAAUACAACAAAGAAGCUCUUAGCCCCCCACGACGCAAAGCCUUUAAGAAGUGGACACCUCCUCGGUCACCUUUUAAUCUUGUCCAAGAAACACUUUUUCAUGAUCCUUGGAAGCUCCUCAUCGCGACUAUAUUUCUCAAUCGGACCUCAGGCAAAAUGGCAAUCCCUGUGCUUUGGGAGUUUCUGGAGAAGUAUCCUUCAGCUGAGGUAGCAAGAACUGCAGACUGGAGAGAUGUGUCAGAACUUCUUAAACCUCUUGGUCUCUACGAACUUCGAGCAAAAACCAUUAUCAGGUUCUCAGAUGAAUAUCUGACGAAGCAGUGGAAAUAUCCAAUUGAGCUUCACGGGAUUGGCAAAUAUGGCAACGACUCCUACCGAAUUUUUUGCAUCAAUGAGUGGAAGCAGGUACACCCUGAAGACCACAAGUUAAAUAAAUAUCAUGACUGGCUUUGGGAAAAUCACGAAAAAUUAAGUCUGUCUUAAAACUCUCUGAAGUUUCCAAGCUUGUUUUUUAUAUAUCGCUUUGCACUUUGAUUCUUCAGAUCUCCAUUGAAGCCAACCAACUACUUUUCCAAUUGUAUGGAUUUUAAUCAGCCCUACUAGAAACCUAAUUAUGUUUUCUUAAUGUUUGUGCUGCUAGUAGAUCUUUGCUGCUGAACAUGCUAUCACAUGUUCUGAGAUUUUUAAAACAAAAUAGUAUUUGACAACAGUCCUAAAACUACAUAUGAAUUUUCCAGUAUUGAAAUGUGAUUUAAAGGUGAAAAAAACUUUUCUAAACUAUCAACAAUACCAAGCAAAUUUCUGUCAACCUUGUUUGAGGAAAGAUUAGACUUUCUGUUCUCUUUCUAUAAAAAUGAUAUACAAUUGUUAUAUAGAGAAGCAAUCAAAGAGUUUGCAGCCAAACAUGUAAAAAGAUAUUACAGUAGGUAUUAGGCUGUUAAUGAAAAAAAUAUGUUUACCAAAAAGAGCUAACCCUCGAAGAAAAAUAUCUUUUGUCAUCAUGUAUUGGCUUUUAGUAAUUGGAGAUUCGUAUCCAUUUGAUAACGUAAUGUGAAUAUCUGCCUGCAGCUCUGUUUCAGAGUAGCGGCAUCUGACUCAUGCAUGUUACUUUGAUUCCUUCAUGAGAAUUCAAGCAUUUACCCAAUCUCUCAUCUUCCAGCUGGAGGACAGGGCCUUUUAAGUGUUAUAUCAUUUUUAAUACAGAUUUAUAAUGUUACAGCUCAAAUACUGAAACAUUUGCUUUAGAAAAAACUCACCAAACCAAAAAAAUCCUAAUUAAGUCUCGAUGACCGAGCCCCAUUUUAAGGUAUAUAAGUUGAAAAUUAAAUGGAUUGAAUAAAUGAAAAAUAAAGAACUUGUCAGGGAAACCACCUUUGUUGUAGGGUGUUGUGUGAAGAGAAUCAGAAUGCAGUGUGCUGCAGGUUAGUGGGUUGUUUCCAUUUUAGUGAGCAAGUUUGUUUUUAGAGAGGGAUGGAUGUUGACCAGAGAACGGGAAACUGCCUUGGGCCACACAUACCACCAAGGCAAACAUCUACUUUAUAACUUCCCAUCACAUUUUUAUUUAGCAAACAUCAAAGUAGCAUUCACUAAGUGCAAAGGUCGGUGCUGGGGGAGUGGCACAAAGACGAAAGGCUCUGUAGAGACCCUCACAGGGUCUAAAAGAAUAAAGGCCUCUGAAGCACUGGGCCACAGCUGGGGUUAGAGGGUAGUGCAAAUUCACCGAGCUUAGGGCAUGGAGUGUCACUGGGUGGCAGGGCCUGCUGUCAAAUCGCCUCCCCCAGCGUCUCCAUCAGGGGUGCCACAGCCAGGCCUGGCUUUUCCCCUUUGCUGCAUGUGAGGUUGCCUGACCUCUCUACCUGCUUCCUCAUCUCAUUAGAGUAGGAUAGUGGUGCCUACCUUACAGGGUCUUACGAUUAUUAAGUUAAUACAGGUAAGUGCUUCAAUGUAGCCUUACUUACAGAAGUGCCAUAUUAAUGUGGCCCUUUUGGAUGGUCUGAGUGUCUACCUCAGGUUGUGGAGAGGGUCACAAAGAUAAUGCAUUUCAGUAAAGGUGGUACCUUACACAGAGUAAGCGCUCGAGUGUUUGGGGUUUUUUAAAACAUUGAGACAAAAUUCACAUAAAAUUCAUAACCAUUUUUAAAGUAUACAAUUAAAUGGUUUUUAGCACAUUCAUUGUGUUAUUGUAUUACGCAACCAUCCUCAUUCCAAAACAUUUCCAUGACCUCCCAAAAGAAACCCUGUACCUGUUAGCUGUCAAACCCAAUGGCGCCACCACUACCCCUAAACCCCCUCCAACUUUGGCAACCACUAAUCUGC